GCACCUGUUGCUGCUCUCCAGCCUCAACUCACACAUCUGUAAAGACUCGGCUGCACCUCUUGAAGUGUGUCAACUGACUGCUGCUACUUUUACACAUCAGGACAUCAGGCGCUACAUGAUGAUGGCUUCCUUCAUGUGCAAGACACUGGCUUUUUUUGUCAUCUGCAUGACUCUGCAAGAGGGUUGUGGACUCCCCUUAUCAGAGCAGGCUGAGCUGCCAGCUCAGGCUCCACAUCCACACAGAGUCAGGACCAAACGCUGCUCCUGUAACAACUGGGAUGAUAAAGAGUGCAUCUACUUCUGCCACCUGGAUAUUAUCUGGGUCAACACACCAAGUAAACUCCUUCCUUACGGCCUUGGAAGUCCCCUGUCUCGCCGCCGCCGUUCCGCUGAACGGUGUGAAUGCCUCAACCCAGCCGAUAAAACCUGCUCCGGCUUCUGCCACAAAAGUUCAGAGAUUCCAAGUUCAACUACUGUGGGCACAUCAGUAGAAUCUGCAAGCACAAACAGCAAUAAAUUGCUGGCCUCUCUCAGAUCUGUGGUCAAGUCCAACACUGCGAUCGCGCAGGAGAUUCUGUCAACACAUGAGAAACUGAGUGGAGUAAACAGGCUGAGGAGCUUAACAAGGAGGUAGAGGACUAAGUGAAUGCCAGAAGUGGUUCAACCUCAAUGGAUUCAGCCUCCAUGAGUCGCUGACUCCUCCAGCUACAUUCAAUGCCAACCAAGGUUGCGAAUUGUGUCAAAAGUCUUAACAACUCUAGGGUUGCAGAGGUGAAAGGCUGGAAGGCAAAAGAGGCAGUCGGUCAAGCAUUUGAUCAACAAAGCAUCAGAGGACCGGCAGCUCACCAAGCCAGAAGCCCUAAAGCAGGAACAAGGUUGGGUAGAAACAUUUAAAGUCAUUUCUUGAACUCUCUUUGAACUAAACAGAUACCAAGGAAGGAUCAACUGUAACCAAGAACAUGGAAACUUUUAUCCAUCCUUUUGUGGACCAAAAUCAAGAAAGUUUACAAUGACCGGUCUCUGAUCUGCCAGUCUUGGUUUCUGUGGACGUAACUCUUAUGACUCGUCUGAAAGGACAGUUUUAAACCCACAACUCACCUUUACUGAGGAUUAUAGGAUCAUCAUAUAUUCCACAGUCACAUCAAUUCUGUAUUUAGUUGGAAAUUCUUUGUCAAUGUUUACUCAUAUGUCCUUGAAACUAUUGUGUCAUUGUAGACUUUUGGUUCAGUUUAAUAUUCCUCUGUAUCAGAGCUAGAAUCUGCUGUCCUGCCUAGUGUUUAGGACAAAGAAGCAAAUUGCUUUUUAAUGAUCAGGCAGUACUUGAAAAUGGCAGCUCAAUCACGCUUGGCCCACACAGCCUUAGUGUAAUGAAGGUCAUCUCUUAGGGAUUCAUCCUACAAACAAUUAGCUUUAUACAAGGUCCAUUGCACACACACACACACAUACAGUCAACUCGCUCCAUGCAUAACAACAACAGUAGGUCUAUUGUGUUGGCAGGAGUGUUUAUUGCAUAGCUCCUGUUUAAUGUUUUGAUUGAAGAUAAGCCAGAAGGUUUCAAUGAUGUCCAGCGUGCCAAAUAAUUGUUUUUCUCCCCUGACUAAUGUUCUCUUAAUUCUUCUGUAAUUAGCCACUAGGACACGACGACCCUCGACUUGUGUUAUGCAGCUAUUUGCAAUCUAUUUAUCUGUGGCCUGCACUUUUUUCUUCUUCCUUUCACUCCAUCUGCCAUGUUUCAGAAAAUAUUCAACCUCAAAUAUCUCAGUGCUGUAAACGAUGGAUAGUUUACUGGCUUAGAAGUUUACUGUUAAAUGCUGAAUUGUAAAUAGAACAAUUUAUUUAUUCUCUAACUUAUUCAGAGAUGUAUUUAUAUUUGUUUGAUGCACUGAAUUUUCUAUGAGAAAAUAAAAAUGCAAGAAAAUAUUAUGUAAGAAAA